AUGUCAAGCCCUGCAGAAGAAUCCCAGUUUUCUAGGGAGUCAGCGGCUGCUGAAGAGCCAAUAAACAGUCCAAAAGUCGCGGUGGAACCGGAGGAAAUGGAGGAUUUGUUUGGUGACGAAAGUGACAAGGAAUUGGCCGAAGAGGAUACUGGCGCCAACCAAGAAGAUGGAGACAGCCGUAUGGUGGAAGGCGAGGAUAACGAGCAGGAGAUGUAUAACCGGAAGUUUUACGGCGAUGCUACGGGGGACUCUGAUGAAGAAACGCCGCGCGAGUUUAGAGAAGCUGACGUGGACGUUAUCAAACACAUUGUUCCGUACCCUACGGCUCCCGUGGGUGGAGAAAAAGGUUUGUUUUACGCCAAAAUCCCAGAACUUUUAACCAUAGAUCCCAUACCGUUUGAUCCCCCUGCUUUCCAGGAAAAAGUGAAACAACGAACGGCUCAAUUGAAGUCUCGCGAAGACGAGAUUGACGAUAGGCUCAUAGACGAAAACACAGUGAGGUGGAGAUACUCAAGGGACGAGCAACAGAACGUACUGAAGGAAUCGAACUCGCAAAUCGUACAAUGGUCGGAUGGCUCGUAUUCGCUACGGUUGGGCGACGAGUAUACAGAUCUGCUAAUAAACGAUACCGGUGACACGUAUUUGGCAGUUUCCCACGACCAACAGGAACUUAUUCAAUCUGUGAGAGGCGGUGAUAUUGCCAAGACCAUGAUUUUCAUCCCUACAUCGACGAGUUCGAAGAGUCAUCAACGGCUCACGAAGGCCGUGGCACGUAAAGAAAAGCGUGAGCACCAGGGCCCCAACACAUAUAUCACACGCGUGGAUCCAGAACUCGAGCAAAAAGAACUAGAACGCAAGCAAAGCCAAAUUCUACGUGAAAGAAGGAAAAGACAGCUGCGCGAACAACAAGAGCGUGAGGGAUUGGAGUCGCCAGAACCUACCGGUAUGAUGACAAAAUCCUCGCGUGCGAAUACCGCCAGCCGCGAUCGUCGUGGCCAAUACGAUGAGUACGAGGAGGAUGGGUUCAUGGUGGAUGACGAAGAUGAAAAUGAUGAUCAAGACCAAGAUGAGGAUGAGGAUGGGGAUGAGGAAGAGGAAGAGGAAGAAGAAUUAGACCGCGACAACGAAAGUGACGACGACGCCAAAGCGGAACGUUUGAGACAACUGAAGAAAAGCGGAGCUGCUCAGUAUCGUGAGGACAAUGAAGAAGAAAAGGACGAUUCAGCGUUGCUCAAGAGACGUAAAAUAGCUGUGUUAGAUGAUGAUGACGAAGACGAUGAGUGA